UUUUUUUUUAUUUUUUUUUUAUUAUUAUUAUUCUAAUUUAUAACAAAAUUAUAAACAUUGUUUUUAUUUAAAUUUUAGUUUAAACUUGCCAUUUUAAAACAAUGUCGGUGGAAAAAUUUUCGAAAUCAAACGAUUUCAAUUUUCCGAGAUUGAGAAAAUAUCCAGAUAGAGCAUAUCAAUCAACUUUUUGCUUGAAUACUCCUAAUUUGGGAGCAUCAAACAAUGCAACAAAGUCAAAUUUAACAUUUUCAAAUAUUAAAGAAGCACCGAGAAAGCUCCAUUCGGAAUACCGGAGUACAUAUCGUUGGCAUGAAUUUGCUGCGAAUGCAAAGCAGGAAGUUGUACGCCGGCCACCAGCUCCGAAUCAGUUUUCUCAAAUCAAUGAACCGCCUUUACCAAGACGUAAAAAAUGCCCUGAAUUAGCAUAUAAAACACAUGAGUUUAUAAUUGGUUCUGAAAUAACAAAAGCAACUGGUCGUGCCCGGCCUGAAGAGCGUGGAACUCCUUCAAGAAGGAGUAAAUCUGAGGGUCCACAUGGUGUUCCAAAUGGAAGGGUAUUCCCAAUUUCUACAAUGCAAGAAACAACCGAUGGAAUUGAUCAUGGAGUUACUACAGCGCAGACGGGUGAGUCUAGUGGCAUCUUCAAAAAGACAAUUUCAAAAUUGAGUACUGAAUAUCGACUGCAAUUCGUUUGGCCUCGUAGAGCAAUCAAAGGGCCAAACGAUCCAGAUCAACCAAAAAAAUCGAUAUCAAUGAGUGCUAUCAAACCAUCACAAUCAAAUGUUUUGCCAACGGUUCAUAAAAAACGAACACCAAGUCGAAAAGAAGCUGCCGUACAUGAAUUGGAGCCCCUAGUUAAUCAUGUUGAUGAAAAGAAACCAAGUGAAAAGCAAGUAACUAUUGCGGAGCCGAAAACAACACGCCCAUUUUCUCAAUUAAUUGAUCAAGAAAGAGCAAAUCAUUUCAUAACUAGAAAGGAAAAUUUUGGAUUCGAAGAUAUUAAAAGUAAAUCUUUUGAUGAAAAUAAAAAUGCAAGUCCUUAUAAUAAUGAAGAAUGGUAUAAGGAAGUUAUUGAAUUAAGAAAAAAAGCUGGGGAAUACAAGCAUCGGGGUUGGGGUAUUGAAAUAGAUCCGGAUUUACAUAAAAAACAAAAAGAUCUAUGGGAUCAAGUUUCAAAAAGAAGUUCACUAUCAGCAUUGUCUUUAGCUUCAACUGUUCAUAGACCUAUUACCAAAGAAGAAAAAGAAAAAGAAAAUAAUAAAAAAUCAAUUCCAUCAAAAAAAUUUAGAGACGUUGUUGAUAAUCGUAUCAUCGAUGAACCAAUACUGCCAGCUCGUGUACAAACAAUACGUCAUCAUUUAGAACGUACAACUGGACCUGAUGUUGAAGAAGGAGCAUUACUGCCUUCCCCUACUAGAGAGAAAUUAAUGCCAGCUAUUACAAAACGUGAAUCUGAAUCACAAAGAGGAAGUCCAAAAAAAAGUGUACCAUCACGUCAUGGUAGUCCACAGAAAGGUAGUCCACAAAAAGGAAGCCCUAAGAAAACUUAUAAAGCUCGUUCGCAAUCGGUUGGUCCAGGAGCUGCUGUUGAAGCAAAUGAAUCAUCACCAAAACGUCAAUUGCGUUCAACUAGCACUGCACCAUCAUCAGCACCACCUGCUACAAAAGUAUCUAAGAAACCUGGAUCAGCAGUUCCUGCCCCUACUACUACUACCACUGAAAGAAAACCAAGACCUUAUGACGAUGCUGGCCAUGAUGCCGGUGUAUCAGUUUCAAGUUGUAGUCCACAAUUAGCUCCUGAGCAAAUUGAACAUAUUGUUAAAUCACCACCUGAGCCAACUCGGGUUAAAUCGCCAGAACAAAUAAUUAUGCGUUCACCAGAUCCAGUUAAUUGGACUGUACCAUUAGAUACUGGUAAAACAUUUACUGUGACACAAAAUGUUAAGGAUGGUGAAAAUAUUAGCCGCCCUCAAAGUGAAAUUAAAGCAUCUACACCAAUUGACAGAGCAUUACCAGCAAUACAUUCAGCUCCUCCAGAAUUAACAGAACAAGCAAAACUUGAUGCUUGGAAAAAUGCAACUGAAAUCAAAAAGGAUGAUUUUAGUGGCACAACAAUAUUCAUUCAACAAAAUGACAGUACACCAACAACAAGUGCAUCCACAAUACGUACAUCAAUCGAUGGUAGUAUUUCAAUUGUAGAACCUUCUGAACUUGGUCAUUCACAACAACAGCGCACUUCUACAGCGAUAACUGCUUCAGAUGUUUUAGAAAAGGCUCGUGAUCGUUUUGAUAGAUUCUGGGGCAGCAACAAUAAAGAGGACAGUGUCUAAAUAUUGAAAAUUUAGAAUUUUCUGAAUUAUUCUUUUUCUGUUCUCUUUUUUUAUCAUCAACAAAAAAACAAACAAACUUUAAUUCCCAAUAACUAUACUUAUAUGGCAAAAUAAACGAAAAAAUUUGGAAAAAAUUAAUUAAAAAUACACAAAUCAAAACAAAAAAAAAAUACAUGUCACUUUUAAAACUGAAUUUCAUUCUUCGUGUAUUCGUAAAUAUAUAUACAAUAACAUAGAUAUGAAGCUGAAUACAUUCAACAAUAAAAAAACAACAUCAACAUUCAACAAUAUAAAUGAAAAAAGAAAAAAGAUAUUAUUUUAUACAAAAAAAUCCAAUAU